GUCUUUUCAUUUAUUCAUUAAAGACCAGAUUCAUCCAUACAGGCAAUGUUUAAACAACAUUUUUAAUAUUAUUAAAAUGUUAGUUUAGCACUCCACGUGCAUUAGAAGUCUUAAGAAAUAAUUAAUAAAAGGGAUUAAUUUUUCACUGUAAGAAAGAAUUAUUCUUCAGGGUUUACAAAAAUACAUUUUUUAUAAUUUUAUUUCAUGCCUACUAUCCUCACGUCUGAAAAAAAACAGUCUAGGCAUGUUCUCAUUAUUACUUACAAAUCGGGUAGUUUUAACAAGUACUGUCAAUUAUAAACACUGACUUAAGCAUUCCAUGAUUUGUAAUAAAUGAAAAAUGAGCAGUAGUAAGUAUUUCAUUAGAAAAAUUGCACAUCUUCUGAAAUAAAUUGUAAAGAUUUUUGUUUGAAAUCCUAGUAACAUUUAAACACGACUCAUGAGAAAUUAGUUUAACACAACAGCUUGUUUCAUUUAUUGAAACUGAAUUCUUUUUUUAAAAAAGUGAUGUUAAAUAGUUUUUAACAUUUUGCUAAGGAUUGGAAUAUUAACUUGUAGAAAAGUUUUGAGUAGCAUGUUUCAUUAUGGAUCAUUUACUUGCUACAGGACUAAUUAAUUUUAGUAAGUCACUUGAAUCAAUUUUUCCCCUAGUUGUGAACAAUGUUCAGCAUAUGUUUUUCUGUAAAUUACAAAAUUUCAGUGUAGUGAUAAAGGAUAAGUUCAAGAGGGUGUUCUUUGUAACAAAGUUCUCAGCUUACAAGUGAAAUUAAUAGGAUUCAAAAAGGUUCAUUUUCUGCAAAUUGCAUUUCGCAUACAGGUAUAGAACAUUCAAACUAUUAUAACUUUGUAGUUGCAACUAAAAUUUUACCUAUGAGAAGUUGAAACACUAGGGAAAAUGAUUAGGGAAUUUCAUUUCAAUAAGGUCCAUUACAAUGCACCAAAGGUCAUAUUUAUAUUUCCCAUGUAGUAAAGUUAAUAUUUAUUGUCAUUUUAGAACACAAUUCCCAAUCAAAUACUUUCUUCUCCAAGAAUUAACAUUCAAUCAUUAUACCAGUCCAAGAAAAGUAAUGAAAAGGACAUAACAAGUAAAAAGAAUAAUAUAUACACCCGUAGACCUGCAUUUCUUUGUAUUGCCUGACGAAUCUGGUCGUUAGCAUCCUUCACAUUCUCCGUUGCUCCAACAACAGUUGUCACUAUUCGAUCAAUGUCUUUAUCUUGCUGGAGAACUUUCUCGGUAAAAAUUUCUUGCAGUUCUGCAAUUCGUACAACUUUGCUUUCAAUUUGACGAACUUCUUCUGUCAAAUUAUUUAGUUCGAUGUAUAACUGAGCAUUUUCUAAUUCAAACAUCUGCAAUUCCUCUGCAGUUAACUGAUCAUCUUCUGAAAUCAAAGACUGAUCAUAAGCAGGAACACUACUUUUAUUCUUAGUACUAGAGUCCUUAUCAAAUUCUACUGUAGUUUCAAUAAUUUCUGAUCCAAGCGAAGGCUCUUUACGAUUUUUUAAUCUCCCAGUAUCAUUAGAAUAUGAUUUUAGUGGAUCUAUAUCACCAAGUUUUGAUAUUUUCUGAAUUUCCAGUGACCUUUUGACACGAAUUGCUCUUUGUUCUGAAUAAAUUUUACAGACUGAUUUCAAAUAACACUCAACAAGAUCCAGAACAGCCUGUCGGUGUUCUAAUAGCUGAGGAGAUCCAUCAAUAUUCACAGAUUCCCUUUUAAAAUUCUGAAUUAAAUGGGAGCAGGUAUUCAUAAUGCGUUGAGCACCAGAAUCUAUUUUAUCCCGUUCCAAAUCAGUCAUUUGAGGGGUGUCAGGCAAAUGACUAGCAAAAUUCAAGUAGGCUUUUCUAUGUUCCAACAAAAAAUCGCGUAAUCGAGUUAUUUGGGCCACUACUUCUUUGGCCCUUAUGGUGAAAUCAUUCUUUUGAGGUCUUUGGGGGAAAAUUCUGCUUCUGUCUGAAUCACCAACAAGACCAAACGCUUUAUUUCGCGUCCGUAUAGUUUUCACGCAAGCUUUAAAUAAUGAUGUAAUGUCCAUUUUGCCAGUUUUGUAUCGACAAUCGCUUUAGACCUGAAAUACGAGCAGAUUUCUUUUACAAAGUAAUAACAGAAUCGCCUCCUGAAAAUAAAAUUUUAUUCUUCAUGAAGCUUUGUCUCUUCUUGAUAUCCUUCUAUGAUGAACUACUCCAAGCAGUGAUAGAAUUUAAUAAGCAGUACAUAUUACUUGGUCGUAAACUCACUUCCCUUAAUUUUCUCACUGACUACGGAAAUGCACACCUUUCUUCAGUUUUUCACUCAAAUUAAACUUUUCUUUUACAGUGAAUUGUAAUCUAAGAGAAACACUCUUAUAGGAACGAUGCUUUGACAGAUGUUCUGUGUUAACCACUUUGCUUGCUGCCUUCUUGUCAAGUUUGCAGACCCGCUACCUCCCAGCAACCCCCGCGGGUCGAGUUGCAAUUUCGAAGCAGGUCUGCCAAUACUAGAGGACGUUUUCCGAUUGAUACCAUCUAAGAGGAUUUUAUCUAUAAUUACAAUGACGGCAUGUUGUUUUUCUUCGAGUUCAGUAAUUUAUGUUAACUACCAUUAUCUUGAAAUUGAUGAACUUUACAUUUUUGUUUCAUUCCCAGUACAACACCUUUGAGCGUAAAUUAUAACCAUGAAUAAAUUACAAAAUUCAGAAAUUCAUAUUCGUUUCAUACUCCAAAACGUGUUGCAAUCUCUAUAUGUAAAUGUGUCAUUAUCAUAAUUGGCAAUAGGUGACAAUCAACUGUUUUAGACGGUAAGAAGGGCAAUCACGAAUGAAACGUAGCUACGUCAUCGUUAAAAGUGGUGUAUGAAUCCCACAGCAGUCGUCUAUACUUGCUGUAGGCCCCGCCCACCUCUCCCACGUCGGUGGUCCGUGUCAAAGUUGGACUGCAGGCAGGGCUCGAGCUGAGCCACAGCACAGAGUAGCGCAGAUCUGGCAAGGGGAACAGCUAGAGGCGAAGAACGUUGUCAAAGCCGAAUAAUUGCUGAGUGUUAUGAAUUGUCUUGAGUGAAAUUCAGAGGAAGUUGAAGUAUUAAUUUAGGAGGAAAACAUGGGCCUCAAGAAAUUCCAAGUUGUUUUUGAUAAUCCCUGGAACACAUACUAUAGCGGUCAGCCAGUAUCAGGUAGAAUAAUCAUUGCAGUUGACACACAAAAGAAAAUUCGCGGACUGGUUGUGCAUUUUAAAGGUGAAGCCUCUGUGAAAUGGGAUGUAACAGAAACGAAGAAAAAUGAAGCUGGCAGUGCAGUUCAAGAGACCACAGUAUUUACUGGACAUGAGCAAUAUUUUGAGAACAAAUUUAAUGUUCUGGGGGGAGGUGGAAAUGAAGUAUUUAUUGAGCCAGGUGAACACAGUUAUCCUUUUAUGACUUACCUUCCACCUAAUCUUCCAUCAUCUUUUGAGGGUGAGUUUGGUCAUGUUCGCUACACUGUAAAGGCUACUCUUGAUCGCCCAUGGAAAUUUGAUCAAGAUGUUAAAGCAGCAUUUACGGUGAUAUCGCCUUUGGAUUUAAAUGUUCAUGAGACUGCAAAGAAUCCAGUUAAAUUGGAAAAGGAAAAGUACUUCUGUUGUUGUUGUUGUAAAUCAGGACCUCUGACUCUUGUUCUGUCUCUACCUGUUGGGGGCUAUGUCCCUGGGCAGGCAAUUCCUGUAACUGUUGAAUUAGAUAAUAACAGUGGCACAAAUGUAGCUAACGUAAUAUGUACACUGCGAAAGAUAGUUUCUUUCAAAGCCACUUCUCCGUCCAACACUGUCAAAAAGGAUAAAAUAACGAUUGUUGAUCACAAAUUUGGUGGAGUGACAGGAAAUUCUUCUAAGACGUGGACUGAACAGAUUGUCAUUCCACCUUUACCUCCAUCAAACUUAAUGAAUUGCAAUAUUAUUGAUUUGUCCUAUGACAUGAAAGUUGAAGCAAAACUACCUGGCAUUUACCCUAAUGCUGAACUGAAGACACCAAUUAUAUUAGGUACUAUACCUCUCAUCAAUUAUCAACCACCUCCUCCUAUUGCAAAAGAGGGAGAAGGACAAUUAAAUCCUGGAGGAAGUGAAGGUGUUGAACCUGCUGGUCCAACUGGAGUUGUAUCUGGUGGUGGAUGGAACUCUGUACCCCAGCAAGAUCCAAAUGCACCUGCAGCACCCCAGUGGGGACAAUCACCUGGAGCUCCUCAGGACCCCAGUGCUCCAACGCCUGCGUAUCCCCAACAGCCACAGUGGGGUCCUCCUUCAGUGGCUCCUGUUGCACCACCAGAUGGAUCUUCUCAGCCUGGGCCAAACCCUCCCUCUGCUGGGUACCCUCAGCAGCCCCAGUGGGCACCUCCAACUGGUCCUUAUCAACCACCACAGGGAGGACCUCCAUCUCAGGAUGGAGUUCCUGAUGGAGGAACACUCUAUCCUACCUUGCCUCCACCUGCAUUUGCUGAAAGUGCUUUUGGGCCCAAGAAUAUUCAAGAUUCAACUGAUAAUCAGCAUACUCAUGGAAAUAUGCAAUUUGCUCCAAGAUAUCCUGUGUACAACUACAAUACAAAUCCACAGCAGCCUUCACAACCACAUUGUAACAGUAAACCAAUAUCCAGUCAUUUUCAUUGCAAAAACCAAAAACCUCUCCAAUUGUUUGACACAAUACAUUUUUCAGAAAAAAAUAAUGUUUAUUACUUGUUACUGAAAGCAGGUCUUAGGUUUUCUUCGGCUGAAACUGGAACUUGCAGAUCUAUUUUUUUUUUUUCAUUGUAUCUUAUUAUUGUUGUAAUGGCAGACGGCCGAAGUGGUUCUGAAUAUCCUGAUACUUUGCAAGGUUUUGGAUAUGGUUUCAAUAAAGAUGGAAAAUUGCGGAAAUUACAUCCCGACACUAAUGAACUUGGAGAAGAAGGAUUUGAAUUUAAUGUGGCUAAUGAUCAAGAGAAGAAUCAGAGACACUAUGAGGCUCUGGGAGAAGUUAUAACAAAAUAUGUGUAUGAGCUUCUUGAAACAGAAGGCCAGCUUCUUCGAUUAGAAGUACCGGUGUCUGAUGAUAAAGUGAAAAGUAGUGAUGGUGACAAGAAUAUCAAAAGUUUUAUAUUUGUGUCAAAGGAUGCAUUGUCAAAUCCAGAUCGUUUGCUUAUUCUCAUUCAUGGUAGUGGAGUUGUACGAGCAGGGCAGUGGGCUAGGAGCCUUAUUAUUAAUGACAGCCUGAAAACUGGGUCACAACUUCCAUAUAUUCAUCGUGCACGGGAACUUGGUUAUGGUAUUAUGGUUCUGAAUACAAAUGAUAACUCACGAACCAUUGAGGGCAGACAUUAUAAAAUUAAGAACAGUGAAGAUCCUCACAAACAUGCUCAGUAUGUAUGGGAACAUUACAUAAAGAAAGCAAAAGCUCGCCAUUUGGCAGUUGUUGCUCACAGUUAUGGGGGCAGUGUUGUUAUGGAGCUGAUCAAACAAUUCUUCGAUGAGUUUCGAAAGAGAGUUGUUGCUGUUGCUUUUACUGACUCUACUCAUUUCAUGAGUCGCCCAAAUCCCAAGAUGAUGUACUAUUUGCAGAAGGUGGCCCGCAACUGGGUGUCUAGCUCAGCACCCCUUGAUACGGCCGAGGAAACCUCGUCCAAAGAUGUGCCUCGAGUGUCUGCAGGCUCUCCGAAGCACGAGAUGACGUCGGCGGCGGCCUUGGAGUCCGUGUUCGACUUCGUGGAACAGCACUUCAAUCGCAAUCAUUACAUUUUUGCUGAAGUUAUUCUUGUUAAAUGUGUAUGCAAUUUGGAACUUUUUAGAAUUGAUGAAUAA